AGUGGUCAUCUGUGAAUCGGUAGGCAUAGGAAAAUUUGGUAGGAAUACAGAUAAAUCGGUAUUUCUGGUCACUCUGCUCGGGAAACAGCUGUUCGGGCCGGCAUUUUUUGACAGUCGAAAUGGGAAAUAAACAUUUCAUAACAGCUCAUGUUUUUGCUAGAGUGUGAAAUAAUCAAUGAAAAAGUUAAUAGAAAAGUGUUUUCCUCGCCCUUAAGUUACCAUAAAACACUGAUAAGCUGUUGGUUUAAGUAGCAACACACAUAAAACAUUUCCGAUGUUACACAUACGCUUUCUGGCAAGAAGGAUCAUUGGAAAUGAAUUGCUCCAGUCACGGCUGCGUGCCGCCGGCCCGGCUACAAACCUGCCCCAGCGACAGCUACAGUUCAGCGCCUUCCUUAGCAAGCGACGGAAAACGGCCGAAGAGAAGCAUGCGGUCGAGUUUGCGCCGAAGAAAAAGAACAAACCGCAAACGAGCGGCGUGGUGGACAUUUGGCGCAACAUGACGGUGGCCGACCUGGCCCGUUCGUGCCAGCUAGAGCUGGAACACAUCCAGGAGGUGAUGCUGUACGUGAAAGGCGCCGGCAGUAUCGAUGCAACUGCCCGCCUCGAGGACCCGAAGGUGAUCAAAGACAUUGCGGCCAAGUGUGGCUUGAAGACGAAGAUCGUGGCCGCCCCGGUGGAUGAGUCGGAGGAGGUGCUGAAGGACCGCGAUGUGGUGCCGAGACCGCCGCCAGCGCCCGAAAACCUGAAAGAGCGGCCACCGGUCGUGACCGUGAUGGGGCACGUGGACCACGGCAAGACGACGCUGCUCGAUUCGCUGCGGGGAGCGUCGGUGGCGGCGGGCGAGGCCGGCGGUAUAACGCAACACAUCGGCGCGUUCACGGUGGAGCUGGACAAUGGCGAGCGGGUCACGUUUCUCGACACACCGGGGCACGCGGCGUUUAGUGCGAUGCGCGCCCGUGGCGCCAAUCUGACCGACAUCAUCGUGCUGGUGGUCGCCGCGGAGGACGGUGUGAUGGAGCAGACGAAGGAGGUGCUGCGGUUGGCGAAGGAGCAGUCCGUGCCGAUCAUAGUGGCGAUCAAUAAAAUCGACAAACCGGGCGCCGAUGUCGAGCGGGUGAAGAAGGAACUGUCGCAGCACGGGAUCGCGCUGGAAGGGUACGGCGGUGACACGAUUGCGGUCGGCAUCUCGGCCCUGCACGGCACGAACCUGGACGAGCUGACGGAGGCUGUGAGUACGCAGGCCACCCUGAUGGGGCUGAAGGGCGAGUACGUAGGGCCGGUGGAGGGCGUGGUGGUAGAGUCGAAGAUAGAUUCGCAUCGCGGCAAGCUGUCCACGGCCAUCGUUUCGCGGGGCACGCUGCGCAAGGGCGCGAUACUGGUCAGCGGGCAGGCGUGGGCCAAGGUGCGCGGACUGUUCGAUCACGCCGGGCAACCGAUAUCGGCGGUCACGCCCGGCAUGCCGGUGGAAAUUCUGGGCUGGCGAGAGCUCCCGCUGGCCGGCGACAUGAUACUGGAGGUGGAGUCGGAACGGGUGGCCAGCUCGGUGCUGCGGUGGCGCGCCAACCAGGCCAUGAAGGAGAAAGCGCUGAGCGACGCGGAAGCCAUCAGUCUGAAGCGCAAGGAGCACGAGGAGCAGUACCGCGAGGAGCGCGACAAGUCCCGUCGGUCCGGCUUUUAUCGGCGCAAGCAGCAGGGCCCACGGCAGAAGGAGGCCGCACCGGACGAUGGUAAGCCGCGUAUCAACGUGAUCGUGAAGGGUGACGUGCACGGUUCGGUGGAGGCCAUACUGGAUGUGCUGGAAACGUACGACGACAAUGAGCGGUGCCGGCUGGACGUGAUACACUACGCCGUGGGCGAUGUGAACGAGAGCGAUCUCGAGCUGGCCCGGCUGUUCGACGCGAUUAUCUACGCCUUCUCGGUGAAUGUGGGGAGCAAGGCGACGAAGGGCGUCACCAUACGGCCGGUCGACAUUAUCUACCGGCUGGUGGACGAUCUGAAGAAGGAGAUCAACACCAAGCUGCCGCUGGUGGACGUGGAGGAGGAGAUCGGCGAGGCGAACGUGCUGCAGCUGUUCGACAUCAACGAGGGCCGGCGGAAGGUGACGGUGCUGGGCUGCCGUUGCACCAAGGGCUUGCUAAAGAAGGCGCACAAGUACAAGGUGAAGCGGAACGGUGAGCUGCUGGCGGACGAGCUGAGCCUGGAAUCGAUGCGCCACCUGAAGAACGAGGUGGACAGUGUGAAGAAGGAUGUGGAGUGCGGGUUGCGCUUGAACGAUCAAACGCUCGAGCUGAAGGCGGGCGACACGAUCGUGUGCUACCAGAUCAACCGGGAACCGCAACAGACGGAAUGGGACCCAGGGUUCUAGAGAUGACCGGGAAUGUUAAGGAUAAAUGUGCAUUGAACGAGACUAACAAGGGGGUUAAAAUAAAACGCAGAUAGCUGUUAAAUGCCAAAUGGUUAUGACAA